UAGAACCAGCGUCUUUUAAGGGCUGGGGAGGUUAGAAGUAAAGGGGCGGGACUGUUUUUGUUGUGUUGUUUUUUUUUACAUUUAAAUAAUGGCCCUCAAGCAGUGUCGAGCCGAGGCGCUUCCUGGUCACGUGACACAAUCGUGUGACGUCAGCCAUGUCUUCGCCAGCGAUGGUGAAAAAGAAACACGUUCGCUUCGCUAGAAUGAUGGACGACGACGAGCAGGAGGAAGACACUCUGUUUGACCAGAGGAAGGAUACCAGGAAGGCCGGCCUGAAGAGUGCGUUGAAGGCGGUCAAGAGGACGACGAAGCCGGGAUGCAACGACCGGGUGAAAGUGGUCGGCGGGGGGAGAGGGGGCGGAUACGCGGCGUGCGGCCGCUGGAUGGUCAGCCUCACGCUCUGUGCCUCAUUCCUCGGCCUGGGAAUGGGUAUCUCAGUUAUCGGACCCACGUUUGAGGACCUGGCUUUGAACGUGAAGAAGAACAUCAGCAAUAUCUCCUACAUCUUUGUGGGCCGAUCUGCAGGCUACAUCGGCGGUUCUCUCUUAGGAGGCAUCCUUUUUGACUGCAUGAACCCCAAUCUCCUGCUUGGUAUUUCCAUGCUGGUCACUGCAUGUGGAAUGUGUGCUAUCCCUUUCUGCAAGCAUGCACUGCUCCUCACCGGGUUUAUGUCCAGCAUCGGAAUCUCUAUGGGUAUUCUGGACACAGGUGGGAAUGUCCUCAUCCUGAACACGUGGGGCGAGCAGGCUGGACCUCACAUGCAGGCUCUGCACUUUAGCUUUGCAGCUGGGGCCUUCGUGUCACCGAUCAUCGCCAAACUGCUGUUUGGACAUAACAGCAACCACAGCACUGGAAGCGUACUGAACAACAGCACCUAUCCCAUCACCACAGGGCCUGUCACAAACGAUGACCACACCAUCAUUCAGCUGAUCCACAGCAAGGACAGCAACCUGAAAUCCAUGUGGGCCUACAUCGUGAUUGGCUUGUUUGUCCUCCUCACCUCCUUUCCCUUCUUCUUUCUCUCUGUUCGCAGCGACGUCUCAAGUGGCAAAGGCCACACAUCGUCAGCAAAGCCGCUAGUGGCCAGACAUCACACAGCGCUUGUCGUCCUGCUAUUCUUCUUUUUCUUUGCCUACGUCGGCGCCGAGGUAGCUUACGGAUCCUUCAUCUUCACCUUCGCUAAGGAUUAUGCUCAUAUGGAUCAGUCCCACGCAGCUGGGCUGAAUUCUUUAUUCUGGGCAACCUUCGCUGUCUGUCGGGGGCUUUCCAUCUUCUUCGCGUCCUGCAUGUACCCGGGAACCAUGAUACUGCUCAGCUUGGUGGGCACGACCUUGUCCUCGCUGUUUCUCUGCCUAUUCAGCAAGGACAAGGUGGCACUGUGGGUUUGCACCGGUCUGUACGGGGCGUCCAUGUCUUCCACCUUCCCCAGUGGAAUUUCCUGGAUGGAGCAGUACACCACGGUGACGGGCCGCUCGGCAGCAACCUUUGUGGUGGGCGCCGCCCUCGGCGAGAUGGUGAUGCCCGCCCUUGUUGGCUUCUUGCUCGGGAAAGUUCACGGUCAUCCCGUGCUGAUGUACCUGUCCCUCAUCACCGCCACCUUCACAUCCAUCCUGUUCCCAGUCAUGUACAAGCUGGCCUCGGCAUCCACGGGCCAGACCACCAAGCGCUACAGGCGGGGGCGGCCUGACUCAGAUGACAGCGAAUACCGCCAGGCGCUGCUGGAUUCAGGCGCUAUCGAUGAGGAGGAAGAGAACGAGGCCGAUCACUGGAACGAUGCAGACUUUGAAGUCAUCGAGAUGGACGACACCGCAAGUCUAAGUUCACCACUAAAGGAGGCUUGUGGGGAUGGGGAUGCUGCCACCCCGCUGACUGAGCCUGCAAACUCAUCACCAGACACCACCUCCCUGGUAGGAGACUCACCCAAACGCAAGCUGCUGCUUCUUCCUGACAGAGUGAAGAGAGACUGAAACCUCAAACCCGAAGAGCCACGAUUUGUCCAGAACCUCUUGCUUCAUGACUGAAAGGUUGGCUUGCACAAAAACUUAAAACACUGCCUGACCAAAACCAAGUCUUAGGUUGUGUCUCAACUCUUUCACUUAAACCAGGGGUGUCCAAACCUUUUCCAUCAACGGCCACACAGUGAAAAAUGAAAGAAUACAAGGGCCACUGUGAUAUUUUGUAAAGCAACAUAUGCUAAGAAGUGAUCUAUAUUUCAAGAAAAAACUGCAUCUCAGCUUUGUGAUACACAUGAAAAAGCUUCUUACAUUUUCUUCUUGUCAUAUUAUGAAUUUAUCCCCAUAAUAUUUGGGCUUUAUAUUCUCAUAAUUUACAUUUUUUGGCCAGACAAAUUUUCCAAAAAAUAUAACUUUAUUUUUUUUUUUGUUUGUUUCUCAUAAUAUUACAAUGUAAAGAAAAAAGUAUUUAAUAUUUCAACUCUAUUCUACUAAAAUGAUGUUUUUUCCUUUUAUAACAUUACAAAUUUAUUAUCGGAAAAUUGUAACUUUUUUCCCGUUAGAAUACAACUUUAUUUUCGUAAAAUUACAGCUGUUUUUUUUAAUAUUUAUUUUCCAACUAUUUCAGCUUUCUUUUAGUAAAUUUUCUUUUCGUAAUCACAACUUUAUUUCCAUAAUAUUUUGACUUUAUUCUUCACGUAACUAUUUCCGUGAUGUAAUUUUCCAAAAAUUACAACUUUAUUCGUUGUUUUGUUUUUCAUAUUAUGAUGACUUAAAAAUGUCUUUCUUUAAUAUUUCAACUUUAUGCUACUGAAAUUAUAUUAUUUUUCAUACUACGAUGUUAUUGUUGUAAAGUUAAGAUUUUUUCUAGUUUCUUUUGACUUUAUUCUUGUCAAAUUACUGCUGAUUUUUUCCCAUUUUUGCUGUUGUUGUUGCCACAAAUGCCCCCCCCCCCCGCGGCCACACUUUGGACACCCCUGACUUAGAUGUUUGAGUGCACAGGUGCGUUCACACUGAGAAGUACAGGUAAAUGUAGUGCACUGUCAGCACCCGGAUGUGGCACUCAUGCGACACGGUUUACACCGCAUUGUAACUCUUAUGCUUCAGGGACUCGAGAUGGCUGCUACUAGCGAGCUAACCAGUUAGCCUCAAAUUUAUUUCUUCUAAACUUAAGAAACCCCAAAGGUACCACUUCCACACAAAAUGGGAGGAGAACCUUUUUCCACUCUGUCAUGUCAGACGUACCAUGGCUGACUUCAUGCGGUGUUAAGGUAAGGUAAUGUAAGCUAAUGUAAGCUAAUGUCCCAAUGUUUUGUGUCAUGACUGCCGCCUAGUGGCCAGAAUACUACAUGACUUGUUUCAAUUUUCACUAAUAGACCAUAACUAUACCACAAAACAGACAUCAUUUCGGAGGAACCACGAUACAGCGAGGGAGUGGUAAUCGAAUGACGAUAUUGCGACGGACUGUAAUUCCUAAGGGCGGGAAUUUUGACAGUAGCUCUGUCCCAAAUCUAUUGUUGUCUUUGUGCACCUACCGGAAAUGAUGCGAUAUCUACCUCCAUCUAGCCAUCUUCUCUGCACUACUUUCCACGAGUCAUGUGUCUGUCGCGAACGAAUCGGCUCUGAGAACCGGUAUUUUAAAUGAACGACAGGAGCCGGCUCGUGUCGUCGGGAGCCGAUUCGUUUUUUUUCUUCUCUUGAAGGCGAAUGUCAUUGGUCAAGAUGUGUGGCGGUGUCUGUGUCGACACUUAGCAGGGGGAGGGGCGGGGUUAAACACGUCCUGGUGCUCUUAGAGCCCAUUCGUUCGUGAGAAAUUUGCAUGAAGAGAUUUGCCCCAAUUUGACUUAAUUUAUUGAGAUGGGUCUUUGUUUUUGUAUUUUCUUUAAAAUAUAACAGAUUUUUGUAGCUGCUCAUUGAGGUUUAAAUAAAUCCCUGUAAAUAAUAAACAUUUAAUAUCAUGUAUUUUUUUUUACAUUAGUAAUUUAUUUUACACAAUACACGUAAUUUGGUAAUUAAGACAAAAAAAAAUCUGAGGAGCCACUUGGGAGCUGAAAGAGCCGGCUCUUUUUAGUGAGCCGAGCCAAAAGGACUGACUCUUUAAGAAGAAGACCAUUUUCCUCACUAUUUUCGUACAACGCUACAGGUUGCGCCUCAAUCCCAGUUAGCCCCUCCCCUUCCGCUCUGUAGCCAAGAUGGCGAGUAUUGCACGCUCAUCUUUUUUUGACUGCAACAUCCUGGUACUGACAAUCAGUGUUGGGCAAAUGACUUUUCAAAGGUAAUUAGUUAGUUACUAGCUACCCCCCCCCUCAAAAAGUAGUACAUGAAUUAGUAGCUGGAUGGCUCUUUCAUAACGGGGAAGGCUCGUGACUUGCGAUUCUCUACCAAAGCGCUAGGGGGCAGUGUUUUCCUGAGCGUGAGGACCACAGCUGACCGUGCACUGCAUUUUGCAUUCGUGGGUUAGCGCGUGAAUUGAGGCAGCUACGUUGUACGACAGACAGAAGGCUCUCAGUGCCUUGGUUGAGGAGCAAAGUGGAUGUUGUGGAGUUCCUGCGUCCUCCUACAAACACAAUUCCAACCAAUCAGCUCUCUCAUCAAACACGUGACCGUUGGUGUAAAUUGCGGAUUGUUUUCUUUGCAUAUUGUGGAUUUUUUUUUGUCUUGUUUCGUGUGCGUAUUGUGUAUAUUUCGUUAUUGUGUCUUAUCACCGUGAUUCAACCUUUUGCCAAGUUUGAAAGACAUUUGAAUACUUUUUUAUUAUAAUCAAUCUGGAACUUCACCCCACAGCAAUAUCCAUUAAAAGAAGACCUCCUCCUCCUUCAAUAGUCAUAUUUUCUUACAUUUGUACAAAGCACACCAGAGUCUGGAGAAGGUUUGAUUGACAGCGCAGUGAACUUGAAACAUACACAAGACUUAAAGCACCAAAUAAUGUAAAUGAUGAAAAUACAGUAUUGCAACAGUCCCUGUUUUAAAAAAAUGGUGUGAGCAGACUCGACGGGUAUGAAGUCAUCAAUAAAGAUUAAAACAGCGUCCCCUCGUUAGAAAAGAGCAUUCAUGGCCGGCGUUUCAUUGAUGAAAUACUGAUAAGACUGACAAUGAUUAUUUACACCAGAUUGCAGUCGAUAAAAAGCAGAGACUCCGUGAUGAUGAAGCUCUGUUUUGCCGUUCACUCGGACCACAGCAAGAAGUUAGAAGAAGCAGCGUUUCAAUGAUCACAAGCACACGGGCAACAGGAACACUGGACAGGAUGAAAGGGGCGGGACCGUUAGCACCAAAGGAGCGGUGAAGUCUGCGGCCAAUCAGAACUGCUCCAGUAACUGUCGGAGGUAGGGCGCCUUGGAGAGCUGCCGGGUGACCCUGCUCAGCUUGUAGAGGACGGGGCAGUCGAGGGACACGCAGGGCACCUGCCGCUCCGCGCAGCCGCUGCAGCUUUUACACACCUGGAAGGCACACAAGAAGACAUUUACUUUUUAUAAGACGUAAAAGACGGCGUGGCGACAGAGUGGACGUCUGACCUUCAGCAGCUGGUCCUGCUCUCGCUCCCACUGCCGCAUGUCCUGGUGGAGAGCGACAGCAACACGCUGGGGCUCGGCACGGCACUGCGAGCACACGCCCAGCUGGGUGAGCUCGUCGCACACGGGGCAGUGAAGCGUGGUGAAGUACUGGGAGAUGGUGCCCUUCCUGCCCGCUUCCCCGCCGCCUAAGGCUGAGGAGCAGGAGGCCUUCUGGAUCUGGGGACAAGGACAAGACGAGUUCCGUUAGGUAUGGAUGUCCAAACGUUUCCCACCCAGGGCCUCAUGCUGAUUUGGAUAUUCUUCACAUUUGUGUUUGGAAAACCACACAUGCAAUGUAGGUGAAGACAUGAUUGUCCAUCAUGCAUUAGUUAUUGGUCCAUGACAUAUUCUAAAAAUACUAUUAAAAAAAGAAAACUAGUUUUAAAAUUUGGGG